CGACUUCGGACCGGCGAGCCACGCGAGCGGCAACGGAAACGAGGCAAAUCUCAAGUCGAGUCCAGAGAUUCAACGACGAUCCUCUACUCUUGACCAUCUCAGAUCAAUCGGUAGUGACAAAGACGGUCUACGACGAAUGUCACUGCCCCAACUUCUGGCUCGCGUCCUCAUCCAAGGAUCGCAGAUCCUGGGAAAAGCAUUUCUAGAGGCAGGCAGGCAGGCUGGAAGGAAUCUCAGAGCUUCACCAGAGGCAGCAGCAUCAGCUCAGUCAGCUGGACCAGCUGGAUCCAAGAUCGAUGAGCUCACACGAGCACACAAGAUGACAGUAGAGGAGGCGAGGAUGAUUCUCAACUUCAAGCCGGCCGCCGAGGGAGAAGCAAUUGAGGUUGCGAGAGAAAGGAUGGCAAAGACGUACGACCACCUCUUCGCCGUCAAUGCCCCGCCCGCGCCCAAAGGACAAAAGGGCGGUGGAUCAGGAUCGUUUUAUAUGCAGUCAAAGGUUGUAAGGGCCAAGCAGAGGAUCGAAGCCGAAUGGGAGCAGUUGGCAAAGAAUGUGGGCGAGGCAGGACAGGGAGGAGGAGCUGCAGCAGAGUCGACAUCGGCACCGCCACCGCCGCCCCCUCCGGCAGCGUGAAGGGAGGGGUGUUAGGGUGGCUGGAAAUGCUAAUGUCAAACACAUCACUCA